UGCCGAAACGGCCCCGAGCAAGGUAAACUGCACCGUUCAUAACAACACAUGGGUCUUAUGCUGCAGUGCCGAGGGUUGAUGAAUCGAGGACUCAAACCCACAUUGCUCUUAAACAUAUGAUUGAACCCAAUGCAUGAAGGAAGGCAGUAUGAGUAAUAAGAAGCCUCACUCCGUGCCUGUGCCACAACUGUACAAGGAAGCCAGCAGGAUACUGGGACAACUGGAAAGGAAGGAAGGCUCCCUUAAGACGCUAGUGUACGGUGGCAAGUACAAGAACUUCAAGAAAAUUUAUGCUUUGUUGUCUAAAGCUUGGAAUCAGAAGUCUGAGAUUCAGCAAGUGCUGGCUGCAUCCAAAUUAUUUCAUGAACAGCCAAAUUUUAAUCCUCAUCUUGCACAUAUUCUGACAUCUGAGCUAUUAGGAAAAGGUUCUCUGUCAGGCAACUGCAAGCCUAUUCAAGUUCUUCUUGAAUAUGAAGAAGAACUCAGGAGCUUGGCAGCCCACCAUCUCACUGAUGUAGCACCGAAUUAUGGACAUAGGAAUGGCUGCCCUCGAUAUGUUCGUGUCAACACUCUGAUAGCUUCACUGGAGGCUGUACAGGUGCAGCUCUGGAAUGAAGGCUGGCAUCCUACUAAUUAUGACAGAGAUCACACUACUUAUGAUGAUUUUCUUAAUCUAAUUGAGAAUUUACAGGGUCACUGCUACCUGAUUGACUAUCACAUACAAGACCUGCUAGUCUUCCCUCCAAAUACACCAUUUUGGGAUAGCCCUUUGUAUCAAGACAGUGCAAUAAUUCUUCAGGAUAAAGCCAGUUGCAUACCAGUCUUCAUUAGUAACAUUAAACCUGGAGCUUGUAUCCUUGAUGCUUGUGCUGCUCCAGGGAACAAGACAUCACAGAUUGCAGCAGCCAUCAAUGAUUUUGGAAGAGUAAUAGCUUCAGAAAAAAGCUUCAAGCGUUAUAAAACUCUUGAGAAGCUACUACAACAGAGAGGAGCAACAUGUGUCUUUGCCACAAACCAAGACUUUACAAAACUGCCUUCAAAGUUGACUGCUGGUGUUGAGCACAUCUUCUUGGAUCCAACAUGUUCAUCCAGUGGUACUGACUUGCAUAAGGAUGAAAUACCUCAUAAAAGGCUACAAAAUCUGGGAGCAUUUCAGAUCAGUUUACUGCUGCAUGCAUUGUCCCAUUCAUCUGUGAAAGAGGUUGUGUAUUCCACCUGCUCAGUUUAUGCAGAAGAAAAUGAAGAAGUUGUUAGGACAGUCCUCAGCCAGCAUGAGGAAUUUGAAUUAGAAGACCUUGGAAGUAAACUUGAGGGAUGGAAACAUUUUGGAAAAGAAGAUUAUGAAUUUGGCAAGUGUUGUUUAAGAACAGUAACUCAUAUAGACAAGUGUCAUGGUUUUUUUGUUGCAAAAUUCAUCAGAAAAAACCCUACUUCUAUCACAGAUGCAGUAAAGAAAAGCAAAAAGGAUAAGGAACCAGGAAAACACAAGGCAAGUGAUGACAUGGACUAUUGUAUUAAGAAAAAGAAAAAGAAAAAUUAAACAAUUAAUGUGAACAUGAGCCAUUUUUGUGUGGCAAACUUUGUAGCAUUGCUCCAUUUAUAACUUAAUAGUACUUGAAAAUGAUACACAUUUCAUAAUAGUAUGGUGUUUCAGAUUCAUACAGAAUUGUAGUUAUAAAAUAUGAUGCAUUAUGAAGUUGAGCAUAAAAGCUUUCCUGGUAUAACUGAAAA